CCUAAAAGUCCAGGGUAGCUCGCCGUGGGAUGUGACGUCGAUGCACCUAGAUUAGAUAACGUCACGUGGCGGGGUAACCCAAUCGGAUCGUACGUUUUCCCGUCAGAUCUGACAUAACGGAGCUGUGCUUCGCGGUCAAGCUGUAGAAGAACGACCCACGACACCUUUCGACACAUCCCCACCUUCAAUGGAUUUCUCCUGAUCCGUUGCCUCGACCUGGGACUUGAUUCUGUAAAUAUACUGUCGCCAAGGCCACCGCCGCCAUGCUCCGUCCCUCGACCCUCCGUCCCGUCCUCCGGGCCCAGCGGACUCAAUGCGCCGCAGUCCUCCAUGCGUCCCGCCGGACCAUGUUCUCGCAGCGCCAAUCCCGUCUGACCGAUGACUACGACGUCAACCAGCUCAAUUCGAAGCGCCGCGACUACGAGCAGAACCGCACUGCAUUCCUUGCUGCCGGUGCCAUUGCUGGCAUCCUCUCAUUCGGCUACACGGCAUGGAAGCUCAAGCAGGCUCUCGACCUCCAGAGUGAGAAAGAGAAGCGGGCCGUCAAGUGCGACGCCACAAUCCCCACGGAGACUUUCAAGACCGAGGGGGGGGAGAAGCGCAAAGUAGUGCUCCACGACGAAGAGGGGCAUGAGGUUGUACCCACAGGGAACAAGACCAUCAAGCUAUUCCCUCGAACAAUCAACGUUGAGGAGCUCACCUCGGCACAAAAACCAGCCAGCCCUAUUGCGGCCGCCCUUUCCGACAAACAGGGCACGGAGUUUACCUUGGUUGGGCUGGGAACAAGGACGGUGACGUUUAUUGGCAUCGAGGUGUACGUCGUUGGCUUCUACGUUGCCACGCAAGACAUCGCCAAGCUGCAAAACUACCUCGUCAAGAAGAUCAACCCCUUGGCGACUACCUUGAUCCCUUCGGAGAAGGAUGCGCUUCGCAAAGCGCUACAGGACCCCAUCGAGAGUGAGGAGACGUGGGAUACAGCCUUCAAGGAUUCUGGGUGCCGCACUGCGUUUCGCAUCGCCCCAGUCAGGGACACCGACUUCCCUCACCUGCGUGACGGCUUGGUCAGAGCCAUCACUGCCCGCUCGGGACACAACGAGGCUUACAAGGACGAGGCCUUUGGUACCGCCAUGAAGACAUUUAAGCACAUGUUCCAACGAGGUCUAGUUCCUAGGUCCAAGGAGCUGCUCUUAGUCCGCAACGAUGUGGGCAAACUGUCCAUCAUCUACGAUGGGGGCGACAAGUACAAGCCCCAGAAGAGCCUUUUGGGUACGGUGGACGACGAGCGGUUGUCACGACUGCUUUGGCUCAACUAUUUAGGCGGCAAGAAGGUGGCCUCGGAGGAGACUCGCCAGAGCAUCAUCAACGGAAUCAUGGAGUUUGUCGAGAGGCCCAUUGGCACCGUGGCGACUCAGGUCGUUGCGGCGCAAGCCCUAUAAUCUCAUGGCUUUUUAUGAGUGGGGAGAAAAUGUACAUUAUGGCAGCAGGGCAUCGAGUGGCGGACAUGUAAUAAUAGGCACGGACACAACUCAGCAACUCAUGUCGAGACACAGCAUCAAUUGACUUGACCCCUUUCAGCAGGGAAGAUAUCACAUUAC